CCUAUUUCACAUGCUCCUCCGGGAAUAUGGACAACUUUGGUGUCGCAUUACGUAUCACUUUGGUAUUUUAUCUUUUCACCUCUGGAUCAUCAACUUGUUUGACCGGUUGCUCUUGCACAGAUGACAACUUGGGAAGGUCUUUACUAUGUAUGGAAACCUCCAUGGGACGAAUCCCAGACAACAUCCCACAUGAUUUCUCUAAAAUCCGAAUUGAAAACUGCCACCUGACCGAGUUACCGCGGGGAUCUUUCUCUAAAGUUAGUGCCUUGGAGUUCCUCUGGCUAAAUUUUAAUGAGAUCACCUUGAUGAACGUUAAAAGUCUGGAUGGGCUGGCAAACCUGACCGAGCUCCGGCUGCAAGGGAACAAGCUGACUUCAGUAACAUGGACAGCGUUUCAGGACACGCCAAAACUGAAGAUUUUGGACCUGAAGCACAAUCGACUGGAUGUCCUGCCCGAACACGCUCUGAGACAUUUACCUGCACUGACCUACUUGGAUUUAUCCUUCAAUCAGCUUAGUGUGAUAUCAAAAGAUGUCUUCAUUAAUUGGCCUCUUUACCAAACUGCAGAAAAAACAUGGGGGAAAGAAGGCGUGGUCUCAAAUGUGGUUUUGGCACUGCAUGACAACCCCUGGUUGUGCGAUUGUCGUCUCAAAGGCUUUGUUGAAUUCAUCAGGGCGGUCAGCCCUCCCAUCAUUCUCAUGAACUCUUAUUUGAUGUGCUCAGGCCCCGCCUCCAAAGCUGACAAGUUCUUCCAUGAGAUCCAGUUAAAAACAUGCAUGAAGCCAGUGGCCUCUGCCCCAGAGACUAACAUCACUUUACCUCUCGGAGCAAAUGCAACGCUCACAUGCUUAGUAAAGGCCAGGCCAGGUCCAACCAUUAAGUGGAUGUACAGUCUGAAGAUUAUAAGAGGAUUUGCGGCCACAGAGACCAACACAGACGAGGAGACCAUCACCUCAGAGCUGGUGAUCCCCUCUCUUCACCUGGCAGACCAAGCCUGCACUGCCAACAAUUUCAUUGGCAACUCCUCUGUCGCCAUCACGGUUAAUAUCAGCCCCUUCAACUCCUCUGCUCUUCUCCCUCCACCUGUUCCCAUGGUGUCGUCCGAUGAGAAUUCCAACAUUGACAUCCGCAUUGCCAAGCAGACAGUUUACGGUAUCACCCUCGAGUGGCACGCAGAAACAGACAACCUAGCAGAAACCUGGUUCACCAUCCACUUUGGUAAAUAUGAUUUACCCAAGAAGGAGAUGAUCUAUAUCGGCCCCGGCAUCAACACCUACAGCCUCAACGACCUGCUUCCUGUCACCAAGUACGAGGUGUGCGUGACCUUAAAGAACCACAAGCCAAAGGAAGGCCAGUGCUUUGUAUUUGUGACAGGAAGUGACAUCAGUGAGCUGGAGCAAAGAGAGAGGCUCAUCCACAUUAUCGUCAUUGUAUGCGCCAUGGUGUUGGCAGUACCAGUGGGCAUGUUCGCCUGCACCACGGAGGCCAGGUUCAGCUGCUUCGAUCGCUGCGUGAAUCUGUGGAAGAAGCGCAGGCUGCAUGGGGGAAACCUCCAGGCGACAGAGAGGCAGGGGACCUUUGACAGCCUGCAGGCAGCCAGCGAUGAAGGCCUGUGCAAGGACUCGGAAGAAAAGCCGAAAAAGAGGCGGAAGUCUGAGGACAGGUGCAAAGGAGGAAGUGCAGCUCAGCUCUACUAGAAUCUAAAUCUAAAACUGUACAUAGAUGUGUAUUUGUAAAUAAUGUCAGUGUGCUUCCUUCUAAUGUAUCAUGUUGCUGGUUGAGUCACAGGGCUGAGCAUUCGGUUUUCCGGAAAAAUACCGUAAUCUUAAAAACUAGGAUCAUUUAACAAAGAUUACUGCUGUUGUAAAGGUAGCUUCAUAAUUCUCAACAUCUCUUUCAAACAUCUGGAUGAAAAAACACAAACACACUUUGAGAAUUCUUGAAUCAAGAUCAAUGAUAAGUUUGAAACCUUGCAUAUUCUUUGAGAUGUUUUUUUAUUUGCAGGGUUUUUAUUUGUCGGAAAACUCUGCGACUGAAUUGUAACACUAACACAUAACAGGCACAAUCGGGCUAUUUUAAGUUGACUCAUUCUGGAAAUAUAUAUAUAUAUCUCAAGCUAAUAGCUCAA